UCGACAAGGAGGCACCAUACUGCAUAGGCAAUAUACUUUGUGUCUGUUCUUUUUGCAAGAGGACGAACCAUCUGCAAACUUUUGGCAACUGGAAGAGGCUAUGAUCCCAAACCUCACAUUUCUGCUUUGUCUUGGACUGAGUCUGGGCCCCAGGAACCAAGUGUUGGCAGGGGGUCUCUCCAAACCCACACUCAGAGCUGUGCCAAGUAAUGUGGUAACCACUGGGGAGCAGGUAACUCUAAUUUGUGAAGGCCCCUUAGAUGCCCAGGAAUACAAGCUCUAUAAAGAAGGAAAUCCAGAUUUCCAGAUACCAACAGCUUAUGAAGACAUUGAAAAAAAUAACAAGAUCAUUAUCUCCUCCAUUAGCAGUCAGGAUGCAGGCCAAUAUCGGUGUUAUUAUAAACACCCUAAUGGCACAUCAGAACACAGUGACACCCUGGAGCUCUUGGUGACAGGAGUCUACUCCAGCAAAGUCACCCUUUCAUCCCUGCCCAGCCCUGUGGUGACCUCAGGAGGUGAUGUGACUCUUCAGUGCUCCUCACAAGAGGAAUACAACAGUUUCAUUCUAAUGAAGGAAGAUCAAAAAUUUUCUAGUGCCAUGGCCUCACAGGACACAUACACUGGUAUAUUCCAGGCCCUGUUCACAGUGGGUCCUGUGACUCCACAACAGAGAUGGAGAUUCACAUGCUAUGGCUAUUACCUGAACAGCUUACAGCUGUGGUCAGUACCUAGUAACAGCUUAGAACUCCUGGUCACAGGCAAGGGAGCUUUAGAUUUUGCUUUGAAUGAUAAUUGGCCAGAUAUGAGCUCACAGAAAAGGAUAUAUGGUGGGUUGGUGAGCUCAUGCUCCUGAGCCCAAUGUCACAGAACUCGGGAUACAGCUGUGAUUAAGGUU